UACUUGACGACUGACGUUGACACUUGUCAAUUUCUUAUUAUGUCAAAAUGAACACGGCGAACACGUUGUGGUGAAUAAAAUAUUAAAGAUUUUUCAAGUAUUUAACGAUUUUAAAAUGUCUAUGUUAGCUGAACCUCGUCGCAAACAAAAAGUGAUAAAUUUACGUGCUAAGAACAAUGCGUGGAGCAACGACAGCAACAAGUUCGGACAAAGAAUGCUGGAAAAAAUGGGCUGGAGUUCGGGCAAGGGAUUGGGCGCAAAAGAAAACGGAAUUGUGGAGCACGUAGUGGCUAGAUACAAAAACGAUGAGAAAGGAUUGGGGUUUGAGGACAGGAACGACCAGUGGACGAAAAACGAGGACGACUUUAAUACAUUGCUGGCUAACCUUUCUAAUGGAAAUACUAAUAAUGAAACUUUACAUAGCGGGAUCUCAUUGGAAAAGAAGUCAAAAAAAAGCAAGGCCCGCAUACACUACCAUAAGUUCACAAGAGGCAAGGAUCUAUCCCGUUACAGUGAGAAGGACUUAGCUAACAUAUUUGGUAAAAAGAGUUUCAAAGAAUCAGUAACUGAUGAGUGUAUUAAAGAAGAUACAGUCAAAACUACAGAGCAGAUUUUCACAGAGAAAGGAAAUAUGGAUGAUUACUUUAAAUCUAAAAUGGCUGCUUUUAAAUCAAAAUCAAACUUAUGUAACAACACAACAGAAAAUGAAGAGUCAGAUUAUGCAUUUCAAGGAUUUUCAAACUCUGAUAACCAAGAAUCUGAAAGUAAUCAAAAUGGGUGUAACUUAUUUUCUUUUUAUAGUUCACAGAAUGAGAAUUUAAGCCAAAAUGUUGAACUGAGUUAUCCCGAUAUUGAAAGUAAAAAUAAAAAGAAGAAAAAAUCUAAGCAAAAGGAUAUUUCCAGUGAUAUUGUAUUGAAACAGGAUGUUAUACCAGAAGGCACCGAGGUAACAGAAAACAAAUUGAAAAAGUCUAAAAAGAAAAAUCGUCAAAAUGUUACUGAUGAUAUUCAGCCAUUAGGUAAGGUAGAAGAGAGUACACAAGAAUUACCUCAAGAGAUUGCUACAGACAUAGAGAGAACUAAAGUAAAAAAAUCUAAAAAGAAAAAUGGUUAUGUUAUUGAUGAUAUUCACCCAUUAGAUAAGGUACAAAAGAGUAAUUCUACUGAAGGUUCACAAGAAUUACUCCAAGAGAUUGUUACAGACAUAGAACAAACUAAAGUAAAAAAAUCUAAAAAGAAAAAGCAAAAGGAAUAUGUAGAAAAUAAAAUUGAGCCAUGUGGAGAAACUAGAAAAUUGAAGAAGAAUAUAAAUCAUGUUGAAGAUGAUGAUGAGGGUAUAUCUAUCGAAGAUAUCUUUCCAAGCAAAAAAAAGAAAAGAAAGAAUAAAGAUUUAUGAUAAUAAAGUUAGAUAACAUAUAUUUA